AUGAUUAUACAUAAUCAGGUGUAUUACUUCGACAAGAAGGAGGGGAACUUGAGUACUUGGAAGUGCUUUAGGCCGAAUUGUAACGCAGAUUGUCAAACUAAAGAUGGCAGAUUGAUGACCAGAACGGGACUGCACGACCAUCAAUGUCCUAAAAAGUGGAUUACAAGUAAAAGACGCAGUCUAAAACUCGCCAAAGUAUUCAUCUACUUUCGAAAUAAAUCCGCUCGAAUAAUCCUCAACGGUUUCGUAUACGGAUUAAACAGACGAUAUCAAGAAAAAUCCUUCUGGCUGUGCAGCCACUACGCUAAAACCCAUUGCAAAGCUAGAGUAAUCACGUUUAGCAACAAAGCUGUACUGAAAAACACCCACAAUCACAGGAUGGACAGCCUGCCCAGCCUUACCGGCUUGAACUAUAAAACCAUUGAAAUAGUUAGGGAAAAUACGAUUUAUUUCGACGUCGGUAAUAAAAACCCGAAAAUUAUCGUCGACAAUUACGACUUUAACAUGGCCACGAAAAUGCCCACGAAAACCAAGUGGCUGUGUUCCGGUUAUUACAAAACCAAAUGCAAGGCGAGAGCCACCACCAGCGGCAGAAUGGUCCAAAUCACCGGCCUGCACAACCACGCGCCGAGAAUCGACAAGAAAAAAUACACCAACAUGCUCUCCCAAACCGUAACCAUCAUUAGAGAAUACGCGCAGUAG